AGUCCUACACAACCAAACUAAACAAAAGAUCAACAAAGUAGCAAAAAGGGCAGAGGAAAGGACAUGUUUAUGCUCUCAGUAAGCAGAGGAGGGUUUAAUACAAGCAGUCGCAAGCUCUUCCCUUUCCUCACCUCUUUCUCUCUCCUCUCUUCUUCUUCUUCUUUCUCUCUCAUGGCAUUCUCACCUUCUAGGGUUUCCACCUUCUCAACUGGUUCCCCCAUUAACGCUCAGCUCAAGCGCGUUGGCACCCACAAUGGCAGCUUCCAUUGCGACGAAGCUCUUGGUUGCUUCAUGAUUCGUCUCUCCGACAAAUUUUCCGGUGCUGAAAUUGUUCGAACCCGUGAUCCCCAGCUUUUGGAGACAUUGGAUGCAGUUUUGGAUGUAGGAGGAGUGUAUGAUCCAAGUAAUGAUAGAUAUGAUCAUCAUCAAAAGGGUUUUGCAGAGGUUUUUGGUCAUGGGUUUAAUACUAAGCUUAGUAGUGCUGGUCUUGUCUACAAGCAUUUUGGGAUGGAGAUAAUUGCAAAGGAAUUGAGGCUUGAUGAAGGGCACCAAGAUGUAUUUCGGUUGUUUAUUGCUGUCUAUAGGAACUUUAUGGAGGCUAUUGAUGCAAUUGAUAAUGGAAUUAAUCAGUACGACACUGACCAGCCGCCAAGAUAUGUCAACAACACUCAUUUGUCUUCGAGAGUUGGAAAACUGAAUUUGGACUGGACAGAUCCUGAUCAAUCAUCUGAGAACGAAAAUAAAGCCUUUGAGAGAGCAAUGAAUCUAGCUGGUCGCGAGUUUUUGGAUAAUCUCCGAUCUCUUGCAAAAUCAUGGUUGCCAGCUCGAUCCAUUGUUGUGGAGUGUCUGUCAGCAAGAAAAGAUGUCGACCCUAGCGGAGAGAUAUUGGUCUUGGAUAGAUUUUGCCCAUGGAAACUCCAUUUAUUUGAGCUUGAGCAGGAAAUGAAGAUUGAUCCUCCCAUCAAAUAUGUUCUUUACCAGGAUGACCGAAGCAAACACUGGAGAAUCCAGGCAGUGGCAGUAGCCCCUGAUAGAUUUGAGAGCAGGAAGGCUCUUCCAGAAUCAUGGAGAGGUUUGAGGGAUGAUGAUUUAUCCAAGGGAUGCGGCAUCCCUGGAGGUGUUUUUGUGCAUAUGAGCGGUUUUAUUGGUGGACAUACAACCUAUGAGGGUGCUCUUGCCAUGGCAAAAGCAGCUUUGAAGUUGUGAGCUUGCAGACGUUUGCUUGCUAGAUAAGGCAGAUAAUGAAUUGAGAGAGUUAACAAAUUUACUUUUUUAGCUCAUGAGCCCACUUUUUUUUUUUUUUUUUUUUUUUUCUCCCAUCAUGAUUUUGGGUUUAAUUAUAUACUUGCAGUUUUGAAUCUUAAUAUUGUUCUGAAUUAUGUGACAAAAGUAAACUGUUAUACUGUUAGUAGCAAAAAAAACUACUAAUCUUCAGAAUUGUUUAGUGCAUUGAUUUUUUGAAUCUUCAAAUUAGAGAGCAAUAUAUUUUGUUGCUUGAUUAUUUUUCCUAUCUUCGCACUCGAAAGUGUAAUGUGUAUGAUUGUUGUACACGCUUCAUGAAUUUCGAGUGGCUGCAUCACUGCA